AUCAUUCAUUAAACUGAAGUACUUCCCAGGCAAAGAAGGUAAAAAUGUCGGCAGUUUUGGUAGCUUUUGCUACGUUUUUCGUCAUAUGUCUGGUCAAAUAUUGGAAGAAGAAUGUUUGGGACCUUCGUCAUUUGAGAGGACCUUCUCCAUGGACCAGUUUUCCAAUCGUUGGACAUGCUUGGAUGUUGGGUGAAGAUAUUCCAGCAGGGUUGGAAGACUUAGCCAACAAAUAUGGACCCGUGUUCCGGUUUGAUUUGGGUGACAUGCCCACAGUGAUCAUCUCGGGUUACGAAGAACUCGUGGAUGCUUGCAAAAUGAACGAAUUCAACGGCCGAUCUUGGGGUAGAAUGCCGUUUAUCAGAGAUCAGAGUGGAACAGAUUCUAAAGGCCAAGUUCAUGGUGUAGGUUCAUCUAAUGGCUCAGUUUGGGUGGAACAACGCAAAUUGGCACACGUCUCCCUCAACAAGGUUGGCAUGGGCAAAUUGGAUGCCAUGGAGGAGAUGAUCGGUGAAGAGGCCAGAACCUUGUGUGAUCGCUUUGCCGAAAAGGCCAAAUUAGGGCCGGUGGAAGUGAAGGGAAUGCUUCCUGUGGCCGUCAACAAUGUCAUUUGGAGGAUGAUAACAGGACGAACAACAAAGCAAGACGACCCCUUUAUGAAUGAGAUGACCAAGCAAAUGGACAGACAUUUCAAGUUCAUGUCCCCGAGCAGCAUGAUUUCAACUUUAAUGCAAUACUUUCACCGCGUAACCAAGGUGGCCGUUCAAUUCGGAUUUGUCAAGGGAUACCAAGAUUUCAUUGAUCUGUUGAACAACGUGCGGAAACAGAUCAAAGACUUCAAGGCAGUCGAGGAUGGAAACUUUGUCGAGCAAUAUCGCUAUGAGAUAGCCAAGGCCUCCCCCGAAUCUUCUUUCUACGGAAAAGACGGCGAGAAUCAUUUGGUAGGACAAGCCCUGGAUUUUUUUAUUGCAGGGACGGAAACUACGACUACUUUCCUGGAAUGGACUUUUAAAUACCUCAUAAACUACCCCAAAAUACAAGAAAAAUUGGCGCGAGAAAUCGAGACAGUAUUUGGCUCCGGUCUGCCUACCUUGAGCAAAAAGGACCAACUUCAUUAUACCCAAGCCUUCAUUCUGGAAAGUUAUCGUCACAAUCCAAUGGGCAUCUUAUCCAUCCCGAGAAUGACCAUGAGUGAUGUGACUUUGAAUGGAAUACCAAUUCCCAAACACACCCAAAUCUUUCCGUAUUUCAAGUCCAUGAACAGAGAUCCCAAAGCUUUCGAAGAUCCGGAUGAAUUCAGACCAGAACGUUUCUUAGAUAAGAACGGAAAAUUUGUCAACAACGAUCGCGUUAUCUUCUUUGGGCGUGGGAAAAGGAAAUGCGUUGGAGAGGUCUUAGCCAAGGCCGAGAUCUUCUUGUUCCUUACAUACUUCAUUCACACUUUCAAAAUGGUUCCGGUUCCCGGAGAAGAUUACUCAUCGGCCUCUAAUCCGGGUCUUGUGUUUUCUUCAUUUCCAUUCAAAGUUGAACUGAUUUCGCGAUAAAAUGUCGAUCAUAAAACUUGCCUGAUCCAGA